GUUCCUGACGCUGAGGACACGGUUAGUGUCGGUGGGGACAAGGUUCCUAACGGUGAGGACAAGGUUCUUGACGCUGAGGACACGGUUAGUGUCGGUGGGGACAAGGUUCCUAACGCUGAGGACAAAGUUCCUGACGCUGAGUACAAGGUUUCUGACGGUGAGGACAAGGUUCCUGACGGUGAGGACAAGGUUCGUGACGCUGAGGACAAGGCUCCUGACGCUGAGGACAAGGUUCCGGACGCUGAGGACGAUGUUCCUGACCGUGAGGACAAGGUUCCUGACGGUGAGGACAAGGUUCCUGACGCUGAGGACAAGGUUCGUGACGCUAAGGACAAUACCUCCUGA